AUAUGCCACAUGUGAAUGAAAUCAUAUGGUUCUUGACUUUUUCUGUCUGACCUCGCUUAGCAUGAUGUUUACAAGUUUCGUCCAUGUUGUCGCAAAUGGCAGUAUUUCAUCUUUUCUUACGGCUGGGUAGUAUUCCAUUGUAUAUAUGUACCACAUCUUCUUUAUCCAGUUAUGGACUGAGGGACUCUUUGGUUUUUCCCUGUCUUGGCCACUGAGUAAUGCUGCAAUAGGGGUACAUAUGUCUUUACAAAUAAAUGCUUUCUGGGUUAUAUAGUGACUCUAUUCUUAAUUUUUUGAGGAACCUCCAUACUGUUUUCCAUAGUGGCUGUAUCAAUUUAUAUUCCCACCAGCAGUGAAUGAGUGUUUCUGUUUUCCCACAACCUCUCUGACACUUGCUAUUUCUUGUCUUGUUGAUAAUAGCCAUUCUAAUAGGUGUGAGAUGAUAUCUCAUUGUGGUUUUGAUUUGCAUUUCUCUAAUAGGUAGUGAAGUUGAGGAUGUUUUCAUAUAUCGGCCAUUUGUAUGAUUGUCAAGAUGCUCAUAGCCAAAUCUGUUUUACAAUAUAAUACUGUGUAGAAUCUUAAAGAAUCCUAAAGCCUACAUGAUUGCAUUCUAAUUUUCUCAUAUAGUUGGUUUUCCCUUUAAUCUGGUUUUUGGUUCUGAUUUUGAUGAACUUAUGUUUUCCUAUCUUAUUGCAUGUGUUUGUAUUUAUAUUGUAGAAGCUGUCUCAACGUGUUUCUUGUAAUAAAGUGAGAUUGUAAAUAACUUUCAGAAAAUGCAAAUAUUCAAAAAUCAUCAUUGGUUAUUCAUACUCAUAUUUUCUCUCUCUUUUGGUGUAAAAUAUUAACACCUCAGAAAGUUCUAGAAAAUGACAUAACAGGAACCUUUGUUUCAUGAUUUGAAUUUUAGCAUCUUGCCCUAUGUACUUCAGGUCUUGAUUUUUAAGAUAAAAAAGAUAAAGCUAUUUUUCUUUAUAAAUUUUAUAAAUUCUUUAUAAAAACUCUUAAAUUUUGUUUCAUUGUGUUUGAAAACUUAGGUAAUAAUUCAAGAUGCCUGGGCGUUCCAGUUCAAAUUCAGGUUCAACUGGUUUUAUAUCCUUCAGCGGUGUGGAAUCUGCUCUCUCCUCUUUAAAAAAUUUCCAAAACUGCAUCAACACUGGAAUGGACACAGCUUCUAGUGUUGCUUUGGAUCUUGUGGAAACUCAGACUGAAGUGAGUAGUGAAUACAGUAUGGAUAAGGCGAUGGUUGAAUUUGCUAUGAUGGAUCGGGAACUAAAUCAUUAUGUAAAGGCUGUUCAGUCAACGAUAAAUCAUGUAAAAGAAGAACGUCCAGAAAAUAUACCAGAUCUAAAAUUAUUAGUGGAGAAGAAAUUUUUGGCUUUACAGAAUAAGAAUUCUGAUGCAGACUUUCAAAAUAAUGAAAAAUUUGUGCAGUUUAAACAACAGCUGAAAGAACUAAAGAAGCAAUCAGGGAGACCUAAAGAAGAUGGAGGCAUCGACAGGAUUAAGAUCAAGGAUGCAAGUAGCGCAGGCCAUGAACGAGGUUAUAGAUUUUUUUCUUCCAUUCUCACCUUCCUUUCCUCAAAACAGCUCCACUUGCAUUGGAAAGGGUUUCAGGUCCCACACGCUGCUAUGGAAAAAAUAAAGCCCAUGCUCUCAGUGACGUGUUCACCUCAUCUGUGACUGUAACAGGACUUACACAAGAAAUCAUAAACAACAAUUUGUUGCCAAAAAGUGUAUUAGAAUAGAUAACAGGGCAAAAGCCAAUACAACUCUUAAGUGAAUCCUGGAAUUUUUAAAAAAUUAACUGUUGCAUCGAGUAAGUAGGCUAUUCGGUGGGACUUGUAAUCAGCAGUUUUUCCCCUUUCUCUUCUGUUCCUCCCCUUUCACUGCGACUUCCAGGCAGAAUAACCGAUACUCAGUUUCACCGUAAACUUAUCAGGAAUUUACACAGAGCAAUCCUCAGUCGUCACUAUGGUUUAAAAGAAUAUAUCUUUUAUUGAUAGGUUAGGGCCUCUCCAAAAUUUCAGUUAGGAUAGGUAAAUAUAAAAUCUUCAAAAGACUUAUAUUUUUUACAGACUUGGUUCCUAAAAACUAUUGUUUGAACAGUCACACUUUUGUUCAUGUAUACAACUAGAGUUCUGCAACAAAAUAAGACACUCGGAUUAUCAGUAUGUAUAAUGAAUUGGUGAGGUUUCUAUCCCUGUACAUCACUACAGACACUCUUCUAUAUUGAUGUUCAGUGACAUGGGGCCGAAUUGCUAUGCAGGUGGUUAUGGACCAUUCUUGAUUAUUUAGAUGCUAGUUAACCAGUCAAUGAAUUCUUUAGGCCUUUUAACCAAAUUCACCAUCCUUUGACUUUCAUUUUCUUUGGAUGAAGGGUGAUGUUAAGGAGGACAGGGUCCAGUUUUCAUCCCUGUGUGAGCAAGGCUCGUUUCACAGCCAGAGACGCCUUGGAUGUAAGAUCAGUAGCUACACUGUUGCCUCUGCAGGGGUGGAAGGUAGGCCGGGUAGCGUCAAAACACUCGAAAUCAAGGCUUUUCCACUUCGGAAGCACUAGUCCUUGCUUAGUGGAUUAGUAACAGCCUCUUAUGAUACAAAAGUUAGCAUGUCCUAAAGCAAACCAGGUAGUGUAGUAUGUUAUGUGCUGAUAUGAGGAAUUACCAAAAGGGAAUACUCAUAUUCACUUCAUUCAUUAAAUGUUUGAUUGGUGGGGAAAGGAUAAGCAUGGUCAUUUUAUAAAACAUACCCACAGCUCCCAAACUACCUGUGUUUUCAGAACUUCAUGCAUCUUCUCAUAUUACAUGAUACACUGUCAAGAUUCCUGCAAAUAGGGAGGCCCAUAAACUGUACUCUGAAUACAGACAGAGGAGAGGGAGCCAGAGAAAGACGGUCACCUGAGAAGCGGCGAGUGCUUGACGGCUCCUCUCCCUGCCCCUCCUUCCUCACAGGCCCGGGCCAUGGCCUUCCUUUUGCUUUUUCUCCUUCUGUUGAAGGUCAGAGUCUAGACAGGGGUUCACUGGACAGAACUAAAAAGACAACUAGAUUGGUAGAACAGGACUAUCCUGAGCUUGGGAGCAUGGUGGCAAGUUGAAGUUUACAACUUUCAGAAUUGUGCAGAGAUCUUCAGACACUGGCGUCCUUCGUGAUGAAGCCAGCCUUUCAUGUCCUGGCUGCAUGAGGGCCCCAUGUAAAAACGACAGUUCCUUUUCUGUCUCGGUUCUGGCUUCCUAAAUUCUUUUUCUGGCAUCAUCUGUUUUUCUUCAGUCUUCCUACAGCCCUCUAAUUCCUCUGAUUCUUGUCCCUUUUCAAUAAAAAGUUUACCAUAAGGGUUGAUGUCAUUAAAUCAAUCCCUGUGUGUGUCUCUGUGUUGUAUGUAUGUAUCUACCUUUUGUUUUUCUUAGUGUGUAAUAUGCUUUAGAAUAUUCCUUUCUAACCAAAUAAGCUCCAACAGUAAUAUUUCUUAAACUUUUAGUAUUGUCACUCUUUAGACAGUCUUAAAAUUACCCUCAAAAAUGUAUAUACACAUAAAACACUGGUUUCGAUUUCAUGGUGUUCAUGCACCCUUAGUACCUAUUUAUGGAUCCCAACUGGGUUCAGAAUUCCUGUCCCAUGAUGGAAUUCCAAAGUUAUGUACUUUCACAGUCACUGGUGAUAUUUGAAAAUGUAUUUAUUCACCAGAUACUCAUUGAAUUCCUACUGUGUGCCAGGAACUGCAGGGCACUGAGAUACAGUGGAAAGGACACUGGCCCACCCAUCAAAAUUUACAGUGUAGUUGAGGAGACAGACCAGUAUACAGACAGUUACAGUACAGAAUAGAUGUGAUGGUAGGAGAAGUACAGGAAACUUUGGAGAGCACAUGAGAUGAGUGUUUAAUUCCGCUUUGGGGCAUCAAGGAAUUGUCCCUAGAGUGACACCUGACUUGUACUCCCAAGUAGAGGGAAUGCUGAGUACAAAGUUAAGAGAAUUAUAGACUGUGUGUUAUGCUGAGAAAUUUGGAUUUGAUUUUAAAGGGCCUUAAGUUGAGAGACAAAAAGACUGAUCUGUGACUGAAAAAGAUAACUGAAUGUAGCUUGGAGAAUGUCUUGGGGGAAGCAGGACUG